UAAUUGAUUUGCUCUCUUCUCUUCUCUUCUCUUCUCCUGCGCCACAGUAUGGAGGAUGAUCGCAACUUUGUUUCUCUGCCACCGUCUCCUUCCUUGGCCUUCAUUCAUGGCAAUGAUAAUGAGAUUUUGACCUUAUGCCCAAUAUCCAAAGGUGGAGAUCCCGUUGAGAAAAACACACCUCAUGACCUGCUCAACAAAGGCAUAGGGGAUUGCUUCUAUGGUUGGCUAGUCGUGUGGGAUGAAGAAGGGAUUCGCUACUCUCUCUGGAGUCCUGCUCAGACCAUACACUUACCUGCUCUGACUUUAAAGCCUGAACAAGAAAUUGAUCACAAAAUAUUGACUUCGCCUCCAGGAAAUCCAGAUAGUAUGCUAAUACUAUUUGAGACAACAGGCCCAUCCUUUAUCUAUUGUAAUGUUGGCGAUGACCAGCAGUGGAAGGAGCAGGGCGUCUCUCCUGAGUUUAUGGGGCAUUAUUUUUUCAAUCCCAUCAUCUGUAAUGGAAAGAUAUAUUGUGAAGUUUUUCAAAGGCUGGACCAAUUAGGCUUGAUUGAUAUCAAGUCCGAUUGCCUGUCCUUUAGUUUAAUAGACCCCGGUUUUGUCAAUGUUCCUUGGGAAUUUCGGAGAACAUACAUGGUGGAAUCCUGCGGGGAGAUAUUUAAUAUUUAUUUGCUGCUUAAUGGGUAUCUUAAUAUAGGAUGUGCAUCGGAGGAAGUAAUUGGUGUGCAUGUUUAUAAAUUGGAUUUAUCCCGAAAGGAAUGGGAGAGGGUACACAGUUUCAAGGACAGAGCAUUCUUUCUAGGAACUUCUACUUGUUCCAAGUUUUCUUGGCCUGCAACUCAACCAGGAAUCAAAGGCAAUCAUGUUUAUUUUCAAUUACGCUGUGAUGUUAGCCUAUAUUCUUACAACAUGGAAGAUGGGACUAUUUUGUCUUCUAUACCUUGUCCGAAUUUAUUACCAGAACAAUGCAGUGCAUCUUUCUGGGUCAUGUCAGACUUGAGGUUAAUGAAGGAUGCAGAAGAUGAGAUGAACUCCAACUCAGAUGAUACAGGAAGGGAGAUAAAGUCCAACAGUAGAGAAAUUGUGAAGCAUUCAGCAGUUGAGGAAGGAGCGUUUGGCAGGCUUCUUCCUUCAGAGAUUCUAGCUCAGAUUGCAAGAUUCCUAAUUAGAUUAGAAGACUAUAUGAGUUUUCGGAGUAUCAACACUACGUUCCAAUUGGCAGCCCCUCUAACCGAGUGGAGGAGAGAUUUUUCUCUUCCUUGGCUCAUGUUUAGGGGAGUAGGUGACAGAAUUUGGAAUUUCGUUGAUCUGCUAGUUGAGGAAAGAUAUAUCAUGGCUCAUCCUAAUAACAAAUUCGAAGACGCUACUAUGUGUUUUUCAAAGGGAGGUUGGUGUGUGAUGUUACACGGUGAAGACUCUAUCUUCCUUUGGAACCCUUUUUCCAAGAAAAUCAUACCGCUUCCAAAUAUACAAAUUCCAAAUUUGCAAACCCACUAUAUUUGCGAUAGGCAUUCUGUUAUUGGCGGUGGUUUCUCCUCUUCUCCAGACUCUUCAGAAUCAGAUUGUACAAUAGUUUUGCUCUUUAACUUAUGGUCCGAAUAUCGCAUUAACUUCAUCAAUUUAGGUGGUGAUGAAUGGAAAAGUUAUUCGUUCAAGACUAAUUUAGAACUCAUCACAUUGGGUAGAGAGAGUUAUCCUGUAUUGUACAAUGGAGCUUUCUACUUUCUUGAUCUGAAGGGGAAUUUAGGAGUGUAUAGACAAGUAGAUGAGGAAGGAGAUGAAGAUGGAGAAGAAGAAGAAGAAGAGGACAACGAAGAAGAAGAGGAAGAGGACGAUCAUGAAGUUCUUGAUCAUGUGGUUCAAUGUCCUUGCGAGUCCUUUCACCAAAAGUUUUUAAUAGAAAGUGAUGGUGAACUUCUCUCAGAAGAGGAAGAAGAAGAAGAAGAAGAAGAAGAGGAAGAGGACGAUCAUGAAGUUCUUGAUCAUGUGGUUCAAUGCCCUUGCGAGUCCUUUCACCAAAAGUUUUUAAUAGAAAGUGAUGGUGAACUUCUCUCAGUUUUUGUGGGGAUGUUAGGAAAAUGGGUCAAAAUUUUCAAGUUCAAUGAGUCCGAGAGAGUUUGGAUUGAAGUUGAAGAUCUUGGAAACUACACACUUUAUCUCAGUCGUUAUUCAUCCUUCUCCACCAUAGCAUCUCCAGGACUGCAAAACAGAAUUUUUUUCCCAAGAUUCCAUGGCAAGAGUAGUGUAUAUUACUCUCUUGAAUCAAAAAAGCUUCAUCCUUACGGUACUGAGGACGUCUUGGAGAACUUUUAUGGUACAAGAGAACAGGUCUUAUGUGCGUGGAUUAAUCCCCAAUUUUAAAA